AAUUUUGCAACUUUCAUUUUUUUAUGAUUCUUUCAAUUUAAAUUAUAAUGACUGUUUUUUUGGCUCUGCUUUACUGUGCAUUAGAUCUGAUAAAUUUUUCUUUGUUUCUCUGUAUUAAUCAGAUUCCUCAUUUCUUACAGUACAGUAACACUCUAUUACAUUCAUGUACCAAAAUUCAUUUAAUCAAGUCCCAAUCACUGGUCAUCUUUAUUUUCAAUUCUCUGCCUUCAAAAGUGCUGCUAUAAAUAUAUUAAUAUACAUGAGGACUUUUUUCUUAUCAGUGGCCUCCUUGGAGUAUAAAUUUAGUAAUGGAAUCUCUGAGUCAGAGGGACAAUAUGGACCUUCUAGUCAUUUUAUUUGAGUAAUUCCAAAUUGCUUUUCAAAAUGGCUGUACUGAUUGACAGCUCCACAGUGCACCAAUGUGCUUAUAGAACACUUCAACAUUCAAGCUUCCCAUCUUUUGUCACCUUUGCCAGUGUGCUGAGUUUGAGGUGAAACCUCAAGAUUAAUUUGAUUUACAUAUCUCCCCAUUAGUGAUUUUGAAUAUUCUUCCUCCAAAUAUUUAAAAUAUGGAGAUAUUUUGUUGGCUCUGUAAAUCAGUCUCCAAACAUUUGAUGCAUUUUGUAGUUUUCCAUGGAAUUUCUUUUUCUAUUUGGAAUUAAUCAAGUAAAGUAACUUAAAAAACCAUUCCUUUGACCAAAAGAUUCUAUAACUACAUUUAUUACCCCCCCCAGGAAGCCACUGGCCAAAAAAAAAAAAAAAAGGUUCUCAUAUACAUCAAAAUCUUUACAGCAGCAGUUUUUGUUAUAACAAAGAAUGAAAACAAAGCAGAUGCUCAUUAAUUGGACAGUGGCUAACAAACUGUGGUCUAAGAAUAUGAUGGAAUAUUACUGUGCCAUUAAAAAUGAUGAAUAUGAAAAGAAAAAAGCAGGGGAAUUUUUACAUGAACUGAUGCACAACAAAGUAAUCAGAGCCAAAAAAACAUAUAUAUCUACAUAAUGAAUACAAUAAACAGAAGUAACAAUACAAGUAACAGAUAUUACAAAAUUACACCCUCACCCCCUGGCCAAAAUGGGAAGUCGAGGACUGUAGUAUAUUGUAAAUAUUUUAGACUUGUGAUGUCUUUAUCAGUUUUGCUGAGAUAGGGAGGAGGGAGGGGUCUUUAAAAUAUUAUUUGUUAUACAGCAUGGCUUUUAGGAAGGGGAAGGGAUCCUGGGGGAAAAUUUGGUGAUGUAAAAAAAGACCAAUAAAAAAAAACUUAUUUAAAAAAAAGAAAAAGGACUCUCAAUUUGAUAGGAGAAAUUUGGGGAGUUGUGACUUUAAGUAAAAAGUGAAUCAAUGAAAGCCAGGAUGCUCGCAUAUGGGCCACUGAACUCCAACUACUACAGGGAGAGAGCAGCAGGCGAAGGGCCAGAGAAGACAGCAGCAGCAGAGGAAGAGGAGCCUGAGAAGAAGUGAAGACAGCAGGGGUGAUGGCACAAAUCCUGAAGGAUAUGGGAAUUACAGAUUAUGAGCCAAAAGUAAUCAAUCAGAUGCUGGAGUUUGCCUUCCGAUAUGUAACAACAAUUUUGGAUGAUGCAAAAAUUUAUUCAAGCCAUGCUAAGAAAGCCACUGUUGAUGCAGAUGAUGUGCGAUUGGCAAUCCAGUGUCGAUCUGAUCAGUCUUUUACUUCCCCUCCCCCAAGAGAUUUUCUAUUAGAUAUUGCAAGACAAAAAAAUCAAACCCCUUUACCAUUGAUUAAGCCAUAUUCAGGACUUAGACUCCCACCCGACAGAUACUGUUUAACAGCACCAAACUACAGACUUAAGCCUUUACCAAAAAAGGAAGGGCCCCACUCAUCACAUCAAGAUAUCUUCCCUUCCUGCCAAAAAUGCCAUCACUGGAGAUGUCUUUCAGGGCCUGCUGCAGCUGGAAGGAUAACUGUUCCCCGCCUGAGUGUUGGUGCUGUUAGCAGCAGACCCAGCACUCCUACUUUGGGUACCCCAUCUGCACAGUCAGUUGCCGUUUCAACUAAAGUUGGGGCCCCUGUGUCUGUGCCAGGUCAAAGGUUCACUGUGCAGAUACCACCCUCCCAGUCUGCUGCUGCCAAACCAGCUGUUCCUGCAGCUCCUGCUGUUCAGAAUGUUCUGAUCAACCCUUCUCUGAUUGGGCCAAAGAACAUCCUCAUCACCACCAACGUGGUAUCACAGAACACCCCUGUUGAGUCACCAAAUGCAUUGAAAAGAAAACAUGAAGACGACGACGACUAUGACAAUUUGUAAACGGCAUCACCUGACAGCCUCAAUGCAUUUGUAAAAGGCAUCACUCGACAGCCUCGAUGCAUUUCUAAAGUAUAAAUAGUUUGGAACGUAACUGUAACCAUGAUAAAUUCAUAGAAAACAAAUAAGUGUUUAAGUAAAAAGUAAUGUAGUUGUAAAACUUUUUCUGCUGUUAAGAUUGUUGAACUUUAGUAGGAUCAUAAAUGUUUUUCAUUAGAAGUUGCAUGCAAACAAUAAAAUUAUAAUUCAUCAAUUUAUUCAUCAUUUCAUUAUGUUGGGAAGAUGAAAGGUCUAUUAAACAUUGAAUCAUUUAUAAAGCUAUAGUAUGUAGUCAGUCUUAAGCAUAAUUUCAGUCUUUUGAAAUUGUAACCAUGUGUCAUUUUAGAAAAAAUUUUGUAGUGAAUAACCUUAAACUGUGUUAAAGUGGAUAAACAGUUAAGUUGCCCACAUACAAUCCCAACCUGGCAGUUUUUUCCCUGGAUUCCUUAGCUUUUUUUUUUUUUUUUUUUUUUUUUUUUUUUUUUUAAACCUCUGCUAACUUUUGCAUUUUGGGAGCCCAAAUUGAACACAGUGCUUAAGAGCCCAAUAUGGGACAAACAAGAGUAAAAGGUUUGAAUAUGAUCCAAAACAGAUGUCAUUAAUAAACCUCAAAUUGUAAUAUCACUUUGGGGUUUUUUUUCCUUUAAUUGGGUCCUCAAUGUCACUUCAAAGUUUUUGCAUGUCUUUGAUGACCCAUUUCAAGUAUCAGAUUAUUCUUGUAAGUAAUUAUUCUACAAGCCUGAUAUUCAAUUGAUCACCUUGAAAUCUUGGACUUCUCUAUCCCUGACUAGUCCAUUGUAUGAAGUUCAUUCAAAUUCUGUCAUUUUGCAUAAAGGCAAAAUUUCACCAAACCUUACAAAGGUUUCAACAGUUUCUACAAUUUGUACUGAGUUGGUUUUCUAUGUUCCAAGGUGGUAUGCUCGCCCAGUUCCGAGGACAUAGCAUCUCCAAUUUCAAGAUGCUCUCAGACACAUUAAUAUUGAAGUCAGAACUGACAAAUAUGGGAUACCUGUAAUCCUUUCAGCCUCCUUCCCCCACACCUGGAUUAGUUCUCUUCAAGGUGGAUUUGCCCACCUGAUCAUUCUGCUCAUACCACAUUAGUGAUACUAUCAUGUGGGAUGAAAUCCAAUUUUUAAAGUACAUUCUCUUGCCUCUUUGUUAUCUAUAAGGCAAGUAAAAGAAAAAAAAAAAAAAA